AUCUUGCCAUCCUCUCCCAGCUCAAAUCUUGGGCUCCCUUUGCCCACGUACUAGAUCCUGAUCAAUCACUGACACUACGUGUGCCGGGACUAUAUCAAUACAGUACAGGAUUCUAGCACCUCACAAAACCCCCGUCUUCCCGGCAACCCGCUAUCAUGGAGGCCGAGGAAGUGGACCUCUACGAGGUUCUAGGGAUCUCCAGGUCUGCCACUAAAUCGGAGAUUAAAAAAGCAUAUCACAAGGCAGCGUUACAACACCAUCCCGAUAAGGUUCCUGAAGAUCAGAGAGAAGCGGCAGACAUCAAGUUCAAAGAUGUGAGCCGGGCAUAUGAAAUCCUUUACGAUGAAGAUAAAAGACAUCUUUACGACACCCAUGGCAUGGCUGCCUUCGACGGAAGUAGGGGUUCACCUGGUAUGGCAGGCGGGGUAGAUCUGGACGACGUCUUACAACAAAUGUUUGGUAUGGGUAUGGGAGGUAUGCCACCUGGAUUUGGAGAGGGACCACCAAGGAAGCCGCGGAAAGGACGGGAUGAAGAGCAGAAGUACGAAGUUACGUUGGAAGAGCUUUACAAAGGCAAGACGGUGAAAUUCGCUAGCACGAAGAACAUCAUCUGCAAUCACUGCAAGGGCACUGGAGGGAAGGAGAAAGCGAAGCCAGAGACGUGUCAGAGGUGUAAGGGCCAGGGUGUCACUGUUGGACUUCGAUCUGUUGGCCCUGGACUUGUCACCCAGGAGAGAAUGAUCUGCGAUCCUUGCUCGGGAACUGGCAAAGUCUUUAAGGAGAAGGAUAGGUGCAAGAAGUGCAAAGGGAAACGAACAACGUCGGAGAAGAAGGUUUUAGAGAUCUACAUCCCUAGAGGUGCCAGAGAAGGCGAGCGGAUAGUUCUGGAGGGCGAGGCAGAUCAAGUACCGGAUCAGUUGUCCUGUAGGGCUGAUUAA